UCAAGGUUUCACGGAAAAUAUUUCGAACGGACCCUCAAGCCAUCAGAAUCUGUAGCGAAUACGCAAAGUAGACAGGUCAUGAAUGCAUCGUUCCUGUCUAAUUCACCAACUUCAGCAAUGUGCGAGACGCCAAGCUCCAUUGCAAGGCAAGAAACUCCAUGCCCACAUGCUAAAAACCGGCCUAGACCAAUGUGCUGUCCCCUUUCUCUGCAAUGGUCUCAUAGAUAUGUACGGCAAAUGUCGCUUACCGUCCGACGCCCUCCAGGUGUUCGAUGAAAUGACCCACAGAGACUUAGCUUCCUGGGCUUCUAUUUUCACCGCCCACAACAUAGCCAGCCUUCCUCGCUGCACUCUUUCCAUCUUUCCGGACAUGUCACGUCUUGAUGGCUUUGACCCGGACCACUUUGUUUUCGCUAGCCUCGUUAAGGCCUGUGCUAACCUCAGUGAUUUGAGAAUAGGGAAACAAGUGCAUGCACAGUUUGUUUUGUCACAUUUUUCGGAUGAUGAUGUUGUGAAGUCUUCCCUUGUUGAUAUGUACGCCAAAUGUGGAGUGCUUGAUCAUGCUCGGGCAGUUUUUGACUCAAUUUUGUUUAGGAAUUCAAUCUCUUCAGCUGCAAUGAUUUCUGGGUAUGCACGGCAUGGGAGGAAGUGUGAGGCUUUGAAGCUUUUUCGCGAGUCGCCAGCCAGGACUUUAUUUAUGUGGACAGCUUUAAUAUCUGGAAUGGUGCAGAGUGGGCAUUUGUUUGAUGCAUUUAAUCUUUUUAUUGAGAUGAGAAAAGAGGGUGUUGAAAUUGAGGAUCCAUAUAUCUUUUCAAGUAUGAUUGGAGCUUCUGCUAGUCUAGUAGCGUUGGAUCUCGGGAAGCAGGUUCAUGGCUUGGUUAUAGGUUAUGGUUAUGAAUGUAGUUUGUUCGUUAGUAAUGCCCUUGUGGACAUGUAUUCUAAGUGUACUGAUAUAUUAGCAGCAAAAACCAUUUUUGAUGGCAUGGUGAAGAGAGAUGUUGUCUCUUGGACCUCGAUAAUUGUUGGCAUGGCACAGCAUGGUAAAGCUUAUGAUGCUUUAUCUCUGUAUGAUGAGAUGAUUUUGGCUGGUAUGAAGCCGAAUGAAGUGACUUUCAUGGGACUAAUUUAUGCUUGUAGUCAUGUUGGCUUGGUGGAGAGAGGCCGUAGCCUUUUCAAUUCGAUGACCAGGGAUUAUGGUUUGAAUCCAUCCCUACAGCAUUAUACAUGCUUGUUAGAUCUAUUGAGUCGAUCGGGACUUCUUGAUGAGGCUGAAAGCCUCCUUAACACAAUGCCGUUUGAGCCCGAUGAAGCUGCUUGGGCUGCUCUAUUGAGUGCUUGCAAGAGGCAUGGAAAUACCGAGAUGGGGGUAAGAGUUGCUAACCGUAUUCUAAAUUUAGGGCCGACUGAUCCUUCUACCUGUAUUUUACUAUCUAAUAUUUAUGCUGGUGCUGGUAUGUGGGAGAAUGUGUCUAAAUUGAGGAAAUUGAUGGCAACUAUGGAGGUUAAGAAAGAGCCAGCUUAUAGUUGUGUUGAUUUGGGGAAAGAAAGCCCUGUGUUCUAUGCUGGCGAGUCAUCAUUUCCAUUGAAGGAUGAGAUAUUUUCACUUCUAAGGGAGUUAGACUCGGAGAUGAGAAGAAGAGGCUAUACACCAGAUACCACAUGGGUUUUGCAUGAUAUGGAUCGAAACGAGAAAGAAAGGCAGCUAUUUUGGCAUAGCGAGAGAUUGGCAGUGGCUUAUGGUCUUCUGAAGUCCGUGCCAGGGGCAGUUAUAAGGGUUGUAAAAAACCUUCGUGUUUGUGGGGAUUGCCACACUGUUCUGAAACUGAUUUCAGGCAUUACAAAUCGUAGGAUUGUCGUGAGAGAUGCCACCAGAUUCCACCACUUCAAAGAUGGGAGAUGUUCGUGUAACGACUUUUGGUAAUUUCUCAAUUUUGAUUAUGCAUUUUAGGACUCUUACCCAAAUUCCUUAGCACCAUAUAGGUCAUUUAUCAAUCAUUUUCUCAUGCUUAAGGUAUAGAUAAUAUCAUCAUCAUACAUUUAUUUUUCCUUUACUGGAUAUGCUUCAUUUUGAUGUCUUGAUGGCAUAUGCUGGCUAGAGCAUGUAAGAUUUCUUUGCAACACAGUUGAUUUGAUAGAUUAAGAUUCCAAUACAAAAUGCAAGAAACUAUUUUGGAUUCUUAAUUUCAUUAUUUCUUAUUGAUGAACUCUAAUGGAAAACAUUUGAAAUUUCAUUA